AUGCUUCUGGGGAAGUUAAUUCGCCCAGUAUCUUUUCGGAGGGUGAUACAUGUAAGAUUUGUAUCAUCAUUGUUGAAAAAGGACCCUCAUGCUACGACUUUAAAUCAAGUCAAAGAAAUUUUACUGGAAGCAUCAAAAAAAGAUGAUUGUCACUUGAGCAAUCUUAUAAAGCACUUUCACAAGAGCAAUAACAGUCAAAGGGAUGAAAUAAUGAACGAGCUUGUGAGUAACGCCUCUAAUUUUUCGAUUUACUUCAAAAUCAAGGACUUGAAAUUACCCACUGAAUCAUUACUCAAACUUAUGAAACUAAAUCCAGAGAGAGUAUUUGAAAAUUGGGAUUUGCUAGAAAUCAAUUCCGCUAAUAAAGAUGAUCCUGUGUUAUUACUCAAGACAUUAGAGAGCAUUGCGACAAAUCUUGAUAGAAAAGAGGAAGAUCUGUCCCCGAGCAUUGUAAACUUAUCGAGAGUUUUAUAUCUUUUAACAAAAGUUAAUAUUAAUGAUGUCCAGUUCAGUGUUUGGACAUCUUUGAUUGACUUCGUCAAAAAUAAGGAUUUUGAAUCAAUUUUAAAUAUUAUAGACCUACCUGAUAACUACUUACUUGAGACGUUAGAAAGUGAUAAAAUUUCUGGCAAUAAAUUACUUACGUUUGUCUUGUUCCAGAAACUUUUUAAAAAGAAUCCUGAAUUGAUUUCUAAACACCUUUUUCUUAAAGCUGUUGAUACCUUCGACAGAAUUCAAGCGAAAGACUUGUUGGUUUACAACGAGGGCCAAUCAAAAAGAUUUGAUGAUCUUAUCAUCUUAUGUAAAAAGUUGGGAAUAUUAAUCAAAUUUGAACCUUUAGAUGACUUGCUUCGUUCUAAAAUUGUUCAUUAUAUUGAUAUCAAUAAGCUAGAUCAUGGUGAUUCAAUUGAAAGCUUGAUGCUCAGAUUGAAAGUAAUAGAAUUCUACAGCAUGACAUCGAACGAUAUUAAUAAAGCUCUAAAAAAGUUUCAUCACUAUCAGGUGCAUGAAAAGUGGGGCUUUGAACUCGUUGAGCAAAAGCUUAUAAUAGCUUAUUGCUACCAAGCCAUUAGAGAGGACAAGGUCUAUAAUUUGAAGAUCGCAGAGACUCUAAUGCAGCAGGAAGUUCCUAUACGUCAGAUCCAAGGUAUGAUAUUGGCGAAAGCCAAUUUUGAUCUAAACGACGCGCUUCAGCUCUACAAUGACUAUAUUCCUGUUGUUUCAAAACAAGUAAAUGAAACUACGAAGAGAUCUUCCUCUGGUUUGCUUGUUGAAGCGGUGGUAUUAAGUUUCUUGUACAAAGAAGACAGAGAAUUUGCAUCAUUAGUUCUCGAUAAGUCCAUUGAAAACGGAAUUAUCUCUGACGAAACUGAGAUUCGCGCAAUUAAAUCAUUACUCAAAGUAUAUAGUGAUUCACACCUUGGUUCUGGUCUGGUGCUGUCCAACAUGAAAGAAUAUGUGUUACGAUAUCUUAAAUCUUUAUAA